AUGGCGCUCCCGAAGACCAUGCGCGCUGCGCGUUUCACGUCAACAGCAGGCGGCCUGGUGAAGCACCUGAAGGUCGAUGCUGCAACACCACUGCCCAAGAAUGCCGACUCGCUGCCACAGGACUCGACACUUGUCAAAGUCGCCUACGCCAGUCUUAACCCAGUCGAUUACAAACUGCCAGAGUUGUAUCUCUUCAGAGCCUUCAAGAUGUCCAUGCCGGCCGUGGCAGGAGGAGAUUACGGUGGGAGCGUGGUCUCGACCGAGCUUCCACACCUCAAGCCAGGCGACCGCGUGUUUGGACGAAGCGACCCUCCAGCCUUCGGAUCUUUCGCUGAGUAUCUGGUGGUAUCGAACAAGGAAGGCGUGGUGCCGCUUCCCGAUGGCGUGAGCAUGAGAGACGCGGCGACUCUUGGAGUGGCUGGCAUUACCGCGUACCAAUGCCUAGCACCGUACGUGAAGCCCGGCUCCAAAGUCUUGAUCAACGGAGGCAGCGGCGGCACCGGGUCGUUUGGGGUCCAGAUUGCGAAAGCAAUGGGCUGCUAUGUAACCUCGACUUGCUCAGGCCCAAACGUCCAGAUGGUCAAGGAUCUUGGAGCAGACGAAGUUAUCGACUACCGCACCGUGAAUGUUGUCGAGCAUCUCAAGCGACAGGGCAAGCAGUUCGACCACAUCAUCGAUAAUGUGUGCACGCCGGACAUCUACUACAACGCCCACCAUUAUCUCAAGCAGGGUGGAAUCUACGCUCUCAUUGCCGGCGAACCAAGCCUUAGGGCUGUAGUGACGUUGCUGAAGAUGUUCUGCACUCCUGCAUGGCUCGGAGGGGGGAAGAGGCCCUUGAAAUUUGUUGAAAGGAAGAGUAAUGCAGAGGAUUAUGCGACCGUUGCUGGCUGGAUGAAGGAAGGUAAGGUCAAGGCUGUGGUGGAGAAGGAGUAUCCGCUGGAUGAAGCGGCAGAUGCGUUUGCGCGGUUGAAGACUGGGCGAACGAGGGGGAAGUUGGUGGUCAAGACGAACAACUCGUGCGCACCAGGUUUCAACUGGACUGCUGACGACAGCUACAAUGCACAGUCUUUGUGCGCGUACGAGACCGUGGCUCUGGGCUAUUCUGGCUUCUGUGGCUUAUUCACAUACGAGGAUUGGGAGGGCUACGAGUACAGCGUAGACAUCAACUUCGCUGGCAACAAUGCCUUCCAAUCGACGACUGGACGUGCUGUCGGUGUUGGUUACGUGGAGGAGGUCAAAGCACGCUUGGAACAUCAUUUGAUCAAGACCCCAACUGCUCAAGUCAACACUACUUUGGACUCCAACGAGAAGACGUUCCCACUACAUCAGGCUUUGAACUUCGAUUUCUCGCACGACACCAACAUCAUGGGCAUCCUCACUGCUUUUGGACUUACCCAAUUUGCGGAGGCGCUGCCCGAUGAUCAUAUCAAGCGAGACCGCCAGCUCAUCGUCAGCCACAUGGAACCAUUUGGGGCAAGGCUCGACAUCGAGAUCAUCGAGACUCCAUCCCCGCUCUCUGGCGAUCGAAGCAACCGCGCUACAUACAUGGAUGGAGAGUCGACCAAGUACGUCCACUUCAUUCUCAAUCAGAGGAAGAUCCCACUGGGUGCAUCCUAUUCUUCCUGCGGAGACCGUGACGACGGAUGGUGUGAGUUGUAG